AGUAACGGACGCUGUAACUGACGCGCACGAGCUCCGUUUAAAACGCGUCAAAACGCACAGUAUUCGCCUUUCAAAUGCAUAUUUGAGUUAUACAACAUCGUAAGAUUGGAAAAUAGAUCUAUUUACGUGAUCCGUGUGCUAUUUGUGAGUGUUGUGUCAGGUUUUGAAUGGAGGAGCAGACGGUAAAUCAACUGGACAACCUGCUGCUUCAGUUAGGUAUAGAAACACGAGAACUUGCUCAGAAGAAGGAUGACCUCAAACAACAAAUACAAAUCUGUGAGUCCAACAUUCAAGAGAAGAAGGCUUACGUUAGCACAACUCACAAGAUCCUCAGCAAACUCAGUGAGGAGAUCCAGCAAAAACAAAACACUUGGAAGUUCAUCAGAGAAAACACUAAGAAUCUCCAGCGAACAGGACAUCUGCUGCUUCAGUAUGAAAAGACACUGGAAGCUGAGCUAGAGAAGAGACAGGGCAGCUAUAAUCAAGACAUGAAAAUCUUCCAGGAGAGAAUGGAGAGCUACAGGAACGUGUUUCAGCAGUAUAAGGAUCGAUACUGUCAGAACUCACUGGCUCAAAAACUGCUGAAGAUUCAAGCCGAGAAUGAGGAAGUCGAGAGGAGAAUCAGAGCAACGGAAGAACAGAUAUCGGAGAAAGAGAGAGAACUGAUGGCAGCACUGGGUGAAGAUGAGCCAGUCACUGAUGCUGCUGACAGUAAGUGUCAAGACAAUGACGUCCCACAAACUGAAAACAGGGAGUCAUUUGAUGAAAUGGACCCUCAUCAAGACCCCAUAAUGCAGAGGCCUGAAGAAUAUGCAGAGGAGCACAUGGCUGCUGAAGGUCCUUCUGAGGAGAAUAAGGAUAAAACAGCAGAAAGUGAAUCUCAAACCAACACAUUUCGCCACGGCCUAUGGACAAAGACUGAAACUGGAGAAGAUCAAAUGCAAGAAGGUGAUCAGAAGCAGUCAGAGGAGGUGAAUGAACUGGAGGGGAAUAUGAAUGUUUCAUGUGCUUCUGAGCUCAUGGUGGAAAUUUCAGAGGAGGAGGAAGAUCGUUUGGAGGUGACCACAGCAGAUGCUCAGGAGGACACGGUGAAUGAGCGUGGCAUCUGUCCUCCUCCGUCACCGGCUAGAAUAAAAGCCACGCCGACCACCCCCACCUUCUCUCUAAACAACAGUCCCAGUUCCUCACCUGGACGGCAGGAGAUCUCAGACACUAAGUCGCCCGCUUUUGUCUUCUCCAUGAAUUCUGGUCCAAGCACACCUGCGUUCUCUAAGCUGGGCUGUGAUUUUGCUGCAGAAGAGGCAUCUCCAUUUACCUUCACAAGCUCCUAUUUCAGCGACAGGAAGUCACCAGGAUUGGCACCCAAGUUCUCAGGUUUCCUGUUCGAUGAAGCCGAGAGUCGUCAAGAGGAGUUUUCCUUCUCGUUUGGGACGGUGAGCCCUCGGCAGAACUCUUCCACACAGGACACGGCAGGUUCUGCGGAUUCAUUUCCAUUUUCAUUCAGCUUUGGAAAAAUGUAACUUCAUUAACAUUAAUCUCAUCUUUAUAGUUGUACUUCAGAAAUGUGUUCAAAUGUCUGUUAGAGUCUGUUGAAGUUAAAUUCUAGAUUCUAGAUUCUAUAUUCGUUCAGAUGUGUUUGUGAUCCUGGUCAUUUUGUUCAAGUUCGUUUCAACAUAUGAUUCACAAUAUUUUAUUUACAAAGGCCCUUUGAAUAUAUGUUUAUACUAAAAUGCAUGCAUUAGUAUAAACAAGUUAAACUUGAACAUUAUAAUUAAUAGAAAAUUAGAGGAAUGUUAAUUUCAUGAAUGAUGUUCUUAUUAAAUGUAUUUGGUGCUGCAUAGUAACCGAAAACAUAACAAUGCUAACUUCAAAGUUCAAAAAAGUCUUUCUAUUUGUUUUCCCGCUACUUACAGUACAAC